AGUACAUGCGACACGUGAACGAGCAACUCCGUGCCUGUGGCCAGCUCCAUGUGGAACCACCCUCUCAUUCGGCUGAUCCAGCAAUGCCUGCACAACGGUCCUCACAAACGCCCGAGCAUUCGUGAGUGCUGCGUCUGUUGGAGGAGGCCAAGCUGGAGCCAGGGACAGCGGGUGGGAAAGGUGCAACGCUGCUCAGACCCAGCCCAGGAACCAGGUGGGGGACUUGGGAAUACUUGUCAUAACAAUAGAGUUUUGAUAGUGAACUCCUAAAAUAUCAGGAGAAUGCAGAUCUCCAGUCAAGUGUGCAGGAACUACACUCCAGGAAUCAGGUAAAGACCUCAACUGUAGCUGAGGCUCAGCA